AGACAGAAGAGUAACAGUUUGAGACUCGAACUCGCCUUGGUUGAACGCAAAAAUUCGUCACGCUCGUCUCAUCGUCGUGUCGGUGGAGUGAACGGUUCUUUUUUUCUUACACUGAAAUCUGCUGGAUAUGCAUACGGUGAAUUGUGCAUUGAAGAAAAUAGUUCACCAUUCGGCAAAUUGUGGGUGUUAGAAUUCGAUACCUAGCUACAGUGGUUAAUCGCAGUUCCAGCGUUCCUAAAAAACUGGUUUUUCUCGGUUAUCGAUCAUCCUCCGUACCAGACGAGAGACUGGCAGAAACCAGAGCUUCACAAGCAGAGUAAUUUUUGCUAAAAAAUGGCGGUCAACGUAUAUUCGACGAAUGUAACCACAGACAAUCUUUCUCGGCAUGAUAUGCUAUCCUGGGUCAACGAUUGUUUACGAGCACAGUUUACCAAAAUCGAGGAGCUCUGCACGGGGGCUGCCUACUGUCAGUAUAUGGACAUGCUGUUUCCGGGUUCAGUGCCUAUGAAGCGUGUCAAGUUUCGUACCAACCUUGAGCACGAGUACAUUCAAAACUUCAAAAUCCUGCAGGCAGCAUUUAAGAAGAUGAAUGUUGAUAAGAUUAUUCCAAUCGAUAGACUAAUCAAGGGUCGCUUCCAAGAUAAUUUUGAAUUUCUGCAAUGGUUUAAGAAAUUCUUCGAUGCAAACUAUGACGGUAGAGAUUAUGAUGCUUUACUAGCGCGAGAAAACCUGCCUAUGGGCUGCGGUGCCGGUAGUGGGGUACCAAAAGGCAACGGCGUUCCAACUGUCGCCGUUCCUCGCAAGGCACCCCUUGUCUCAUCCACAUCACGAGAUAAAAUUAAGCCGAUAUCAAAAGUCACACCCAGUAGACCAGCGGUGCCGGUGUCCAACCUAGGCAGCAAAUCGACGGCGAACGCCAGCAAAUCCUCUUCACAGAACAGUGUCACGAAUCAGCAGGUGGAGGAAUUGACCACGCAGGUGAUGGACAUGCGGUUACACUUGGACGGGUUGGAGAAGGAGCGUGAUUUCUACUUCAGUAAACUGAGAGAUAUAGAAAUACUAUGCCAAGAAGACGAACAGGGUGAACCGCAAAGUGAACUGGUCCAAAGAAUUUUGAAUAUUUUAUACGCUACUGAGGAUGGAUUCGCACCACCAGAUGAAAUACCCCCGGAGGAAGAAGAGUACUAAUGCUCUCGCUAUACUAGCACGACUACCAACUGCAACCAUAGAUAGUUAGUACACACACGCUCAAGGACACACCAGAGCAUAGUUGUUUUUAUACCAACUUCUUAAGCAGCAUGAUUUUCUUACGAACAGAAUAGACUCAAAACUGACUGCAACUUCUUACACCAACUUAUUUCAACACCUCCUUGCAGUCUUUUCUCUAGGAAUCAGGCUCUGAAAUUUUAGUCAAAUUGAGUACUAUUAUACUCUGCAUAAUAAAAUGGAGGACCAGUUGUUUGCAUGUUUAUUUACUAAUCGUUCUCUAUCGUUAAUAUCAGACUUAUGAAUCAGAAAAAAAUGUGCGUGUGUGUAGGAAUUAAAAGGCAAAGCAUCGACUCGAUAUUGUUUUUUGAAAAACGAAUGAGAGAAGAAAAAGAUUAGAAUGAUAUGAAUUUUCUUUUUAAUUAUGUUUUGAGUUUUCAUCCCACUAUCCAUUUUUUCGUAAUAACAACUGAUUUCAGCAUCGAUAAGUGCUUGAUAAGUCAACAACAGAUAUUAAAAACGCUUUGUCCUUUGAAUUCCCGUGUUGAAACAUCUUAAAAUGCUUCAAAAGAAAAACUGAAUUAGAAUUUGCAAACAAGGAGGUUUCGUAGAAAUAUUUUGUUAAUGACAACUCUGAAAUAGUUGAAGAAUUUUGAAGUAUUCCUAACAGGUGCAAAAUCCAGUUCUCAAUAGUGUUUCAAUCAAUCCACAUUUCCAAUAAUGUAUUUAGCUUGUGUGGCAAGCCAUUUUUACUAACGUUUUGGCAAAGUAAUUCGACAGAUUUUUUUUAAUGCAUAUCAACGCUAUAAAAAUGCUCAACACGGCGACAUGUAAUUUGCACCUAUAAUGUUUUCACAAUUUACUUUCUUUUCUCAAAGUGAAUAUUUUGUAGUGCGCUGAGUUUUUAUUUUAAGAUAUUAAAUUUUACGAACGCAUGCUGCAACCAUUUCUUGUAACUGCUAAUUCAAAUUUGUAAAUCUCUCUCGUCUCUAAAAACAAUGUGUAUAUUACAAAAAAAGAACGAUUAGCUCAGAAUUAAAAACUUUGUUGAAAUAGAAAAUAAGCGACCAACAAAUAUUCAGAAAGAUGAAAAAACGCGCUCUUGUAAUUGUAUGAACACUAAAAAAUAACAUAACAAAUAUAUAACGAAAAGAAAGCAAAACUAAAUGAAGAAGAUGCUAUAUUAUAUUUGAUCAUUCACUUUGCUAUGUCUUAUAGGUGUUUGUUUGGUGUGACUGCCCAAAAAGCAAGCAACCAUAGCAACCGUAAACUCAAAAUUAUCGAGAUAAUUCUAACAAACGUUGAUUCUACGACAGUAAGCUUUUUUUUGUUUAUUCUAUGAUUUACAAUGCUAAUUUAAAACUUUUUUUGGUAGGAAAAUAAGAUGAUUAAAAACAAAACCAUAAAA